AUCACUUGUUGUUAUGACGUUAGUAGGCUUGUUAUGUUAUGUUAUUCGAGUCGUUGUCAACGACAAGAUGUGGGCUAACGUGGCCGCCAUUAUUGGUAUCAGCAAGUCGGAGGAACAAACUAAGGUGGAAGAUGACGUUAAGGACGUCCAGGUAUCGUGGAAGAAGGCCAACAGAGACGGAGGCAGGCGGACCCCCAUGGGUACGUACGUUCCACCGGACGGCCAGCUACCCUACACACAGCUGGACUGCCUGCCAGGUCCUGCAGACUACAGCCCGAAGGUUGACCUGACCAAACCCCAGGCACCACAGUACUCUAUCUCGGGCAAGCAGAGGCAUCAGGGGGAAGGCGACAACCCCUGUCCAGCCGACUACGACACGAUACAUGACCUUGUGUGGAAGCGGCGCACCGUGACACUGAAGGAGAAGGGACGGACAGACCCGUACGACGUAAAACCUGAAAAACACGUGACCUGCAGUCUAGGUCCGGCCACUUACGUCGUGCGUAGUCGGGAAACCGGGACCAAGGGACCGAAGUUCAGCAUUCAAUCCCGCGGGCCGCACGGCGUGAACCCCGGCUACCCCGACCUGCGCGUCCAGCCUGUGGACACUCAUGGAUUCAAGACCCCUGGUCUAAGUUACCGUCCAAACUCCCGGUACUGGGGCCGCGGACCCAAGCCUUCUAUGGGCCAGGCUAUCGCCCAGAGAUUCCCUGACGGGCCAGGUCCGGCAGAAUACACCAUAAGGGACGUUCGGUACAUGCCGUGUUACUCUCUCGCCAAGCGGCUGCCCGACCUAACUCCGGUGCCGGGGAAGGAAGGGCCUCCUCCCAACAGCUACGACUUGGGCACGACGGUCGGCACAGGGGUGUCCACGUCACUACGGAGCAGGCACGACAUUAAGAAGAAGGAUUACACACCGAGUCCCAACACCUACGUCCCUCGGGAGCGGUGGCACCUGGCUCCCACCGCACAGCUGACAUACCGGUGGUUUGAGCCGAAAGCCGAGACCAGGCCCAGUCCCACCGACCACACCAUCACCAAGGCCAACUGCAGGAAGGGCCCGUCCUACUCCAUGGCCAAGAGGAUGGCUCCAUGCUGGCCGGACGUGUUGAACUAUCCCAGUAAGGUGAAAGGUGACGUCCCUGGCCCCGGGAACUACAACCUGCCCAGCUUCCUGACGAAUGACGGCACGGCACACUCCAUUGGCAGGCGGCCUGCCUCGUCUAAAGACGACAGGCCUGGUCCAACCCACUACAACCUGCCGGAGCGCCCGCCUCACGCCAAGAGCGCGCCUCGGUACUCCAUGGGUCAGAGAGUCCACCCUCCCGACAACAAAGUCGGCCCCGGACCGGCGGCCUAUUCUCCACGACUCCCGACUGGUGGCGCUCCCAAGUACAGCAUGGGAGGGAGGAAGAAAGCCGCGAAAAAGGAGCUGACUCCCGGACCAGACACUUAUACGGUGAGGAAAGGGCAGGCCGCGAGAGGGACGACUCUGGGCCCCAAAGUCACGCUCAAAGGCCGCCCGAGCCCAUGGCUCUACUCUGGGUUUUCCAACAUGGCGAGGGUGCAACCCGACUGUUAAACUAUGUAAUAAUAACGAGAUUUCAAAUGACUUUGUCCUUUUUAGGAAAUACAAAUAACGAGCUAAGACGAAAUUUAUGAUGUGAAUAUGGAACCACAAGUUGUGAUUUGAAAUAAAGACUUAAGGAACAAAAGUCAGGGUUGAAAUAGA